AUGCAGGAGAACUCCAAAGAAUAUGAUCCUUUUAAGAUUCCAGCUGACACUAACAUCUCGAUUAAACAUAAAGUAUAGAAUAUAAUGAUUUAAAAGAAAGCCACAAAAUGUGGUACUCCAUUAGCAAAAUCAGAGUUAUGUCCUUGUUGCGGUAGAGAAGUUGAACAAGAAUAAAAAGAAAUUGGGAUUUCUCCUGUCGAUUUAAUUUAUUUAGGUUAAGGCAUCCCUUUGUUUUUUCUGUUUCUUAAGUAGAUGAUUGUAGUGAUACUAAUAAUAUUUGGAAUUAUGGGGAUAUAUUCAUUGAUUACCAAUAGCAUAACUGAUAAUUGUCUAGACAGUAAAAGUGAUCUUUUGACCCUCUAUUAAAAUGGAUUUUGUGAAUAAAAUUGUCCACUUCCUUUAGAUGAAGAGUAUUUGAAAAUAAUUUCAAUUCUAAAAACUGAAGACUGUUAAAUAGUUUGCAAUUAAUUUUCGAAUGUUUGCACGACCAUCUCGUCUACUAAAAUAGCUUUAUCAAACAAAUAGCUGGAUAAGGAUUAUAAGGAAGUUCAAGCAAUCCUCGUAUUGUGUUCUAUUAUUUUAUUUAAAACCAUACAAGUGUUAUUCAGAAGACAUUAAAAAUUAACAUAAGACGAAUUAGAUAGAGGCUUGUUGUCAGCUUCAGAUUUCACAGCAAUGUUGACUAAAUUACCUUAAAAUCAAUAUACUGAAUCAGAAUUAAAGGAAAGCCUUUCAAAUUAUUGUAAGUAAAUUACGUAACUUUAACCUGAUUAAGAAUUUGAGAUAGUUAAAAUCAUAAUUGCCUUCGACAUUUUUGAUUACAUCAACAUCAUAAGAACCAAAACUGAAUUGGAAAAGUAGUACCAAAUUAAUGAAUCAUUUAAAAAUAUUAAUACUCAAUAUCCUCCAUUAGUGACUGCUGAAACCUAAAAGGAGUUAUUGUUACAAAUUUAGAAGAAUGAGGAAGAACUGUCUAAAAUUGAUAAUGAUAUUCAAAAGAAAUAGUUCACAUAAACAACAUAAGUUGCAUUUGUAACCUUUUAAACAAAAAAAUGUAUUGAACAUAAAUAUUAACUUAGAAUUGGAAACCAUCGUUGAAUACACUAAAUUAACUACCUGGGAACUAGUCUUGACAUCUAUUUUAAAUGUUUUUGGAAAGACCCUUAACAAAGGUUUUUACUUUAAAGAUAAGCUAAUAUAAAUAACUAGAGCUCCUGAACCAGAUGAUGUGUUUUGGGAGAAUUGCGGAUAUAGUUUAAAGUACAAAAUAAAGCAAAGAACAUUAAGUUGGCUCAUCACAUUAGUGUUAUUAGUGUCUUCAUUUUUUAUUCUAUUUGGAUUAGAUUAUGUUUAAAAUAACUAUCUGAAAGAUCAAAACAUUAAUUAUGUUCUAUUGACAAUCAUUUCGUUGAUAAUUUCAUUGAUAAUUUUAAUAAUUAAUGCAAUGAUUUAUUUUAGCAUAACAAUUUUGGCUAAAAAAGAGAAGCAUUACACAAAAACUCAUUAUGAUGUUUCAGUUGCAACUAAAUUAAUCUAUGUUUAAUUUGUAAACUCAGGAUUGCUAAUUAUGGCAACAAAUAUCUUAGUUUAGGGAUUGUCAACUCGAAAUGACUUGGAUAAAGAUAUUGAAUUACAAAGCUUGGCAUUCAGUAGACCAGGAGGAGUAGCAUAGGAUGCAUUUAUCAUUACUUUAAUUAAUGCACUAAUAACUCCUUUAACUUCAUUUUUUGAUAUAUUCUAUUUGAGAAAACUAAUCUAGCAAAGAAAUUUGGAGAAAAGUGCAACCAAUACAAUCACUUAAACAGAGGCGAACACAAUUUUCGAAGGACCGCAAGUUUUAUUAUAUGAUAACUAUGCAUACGUUUGUAAGACGGUUUGGAUUACGUUGUUUUUUGCUCCUUUGGUGCCUAUUUCUUUAUUAUUUUGUAUAUGUGGUUUGUUUUUAUAUUAUUGGAUCUAGAAAUACCUACUUUUAAGAAGAAAAUGUCGACCUCCACUACAAAGCAGUCAUUUGAACAGUGAAAUGUGCAAUAUUAUUAAUUUCAGUCCCAUCUUAUUAGCUGCAGGAUAAUUGUGGGUAGAUUUUGUAUUUGAAUCAAAUGCAACAACCAAGAUCGUAAAUUUUGUUUCAAUUGGUUUCUCUGGAUUAGAAUUCUUUUUCCCUUUUGAAAAGAUAGCUAAAAAGUUUUUGACUUGGCCAGAAGAUCCAAAUGAAUUAAGUAAAUACUCUGAGAAAUGGCAUGAAUUGCCAACAGAUUACGAUAGAAUAAAUCCAAUAACUAGAUAAUAAGCAAUAUAAAAUUAUGUAAAAUUUAAGUAAUCGGUCGAUAAUAAAGGAAACAAUUAAAAUAGUCAAUAAAAUGAUCAUGUUUUGUAAGCAUUAAGGUAGUAUGCAUUUGAAGGAGGAGAAUACAAAUUCAAAUCUCAAUUUAUUCAUAAAUUGAAAGCGGUCGCGAAUUUAUAAACUAAUAAACAAACCAAUAAUAUUCCUAUUGAAAUGCAACCUAAAUCUACCAAUUAAUUCUUAUAGCAAGAAGAUAAGACGGCAUUGCUUGGAUAAUAAUAAUACAUCUCGCAAAUUUAAAGGAUGCAAUAAUAAAUUGAGCAACCUAAUUAAAAUCAAAACAAUUAUCCUGUAUAUCCACCAUAAUAAUAAUUAUAUUCAUAUGAUCAGAAUAAUUAGCAGUAGCCAUACUAUCAAUCCAAUCAAUAACAAUAAUAUUAUCAACCUUAUUAGCAAAAUUAAUUUCAAAAUGCUUAAAUGCCCUACUAUAAUCAAGAUCCUCGAAUGUAUCAAUAAUAGCCUGGACAAAAUCCACAAUAGCCUGGACAAUAUCCAUAUUAAUAAUAUCCAAAUAACUAAUAUCAGUAUUGA